GUGCUGCCGCUUCCUAUUCCUGGCGCUCCUGGGUUUCUGAGGUGCCGUGCAGAGUGGCUGGACCAUGGCACGGUCCCCGAGACUGGCCUGGAUGCUGCAAUCGCUGAGGGCUGGGCAGUGCUGGUCGUGCACUCCCUGAACCACAAAUAUGCUGGUCGCGCUAAUGGCAGCCCGGUCCCCACAGGACCUCUUACGGCCGCACAGGAGAGCUCGAUGCGCGUCAUUCGCAAGGCUGCCAAGUACUUCGCAUCAGACUCCACGAAGCACUUCCAGGUCCCUGACUGGCAUGAGGUCGUUGCUGCACGUGAUGUCACGUAUGGAGGCGAGGAGGUAUCGCGGGCCCUGCCGCUCACGCUGGGAGGUGUCAUGCCAGGCCUCCCGCCGAGAGGCGUUGCUGCCUCGGUGCGUGCGCUGGACAUCGCCGAUGAACGUGUGGCUGGGUGGCUGGCUGAUCCCACGUUGGCACUGCUGCCCAGUGCCGAGUGGCCGGAAGAGGCGCCGCGGGCGGCUAUCCAGGCUAGCUCGCAGGCGGAGUGGCAUGGCAUUGGCGCCAAGCUGGUGGAGUUAGGCCUCGCGGUGCCCAUCGCCGAUGACCGGAUCUUCAAGGUGGGCAACAGGAAGGUGCUAGCAGGUGCUUUCGGGGUCGCCAAGGGAGGAACUCCCACUCCUGGUCAUGAUGUGGUGCAGCGUCUCAUCAUCAACAUGGUCCCCGCGAACAGCUACCAGCGGACGAUGCGGGAUGACAUUGGGGCCCUCAGUGCCUCGCCGUCGUGGGUCUCGAUUCCACUUCCUGAGGGGCAUGUGCUGCUGUGGUCAUCCGACGAUCAAGCGCCAGCAUUCUACUGCUACGAGUUGCCCGAGGCUUGGCAGCCCUACAUGACCUUAGCUGAGGCGAUCCCCAACGAGCUCAUCGGACCACUUGCUGCAGGAUUCCCGCCCCGAGCUGAGUGGAGGAAGGACCGCCCGUUGCCCCUGGGAGCGAACGAGCUGGAGCAAGCCUGGGUGCAGUAUUACAUCGACGACUGGGACCGCGGGGAGAUCGUCCAGAGUAGCCGCCUGGAUGAGCUGGCCGGCGCGCUUAGCGAUGCCAAGCACCGCGAGCUCGUCCUAGAGCGCAUGGGUGCUGGGCUAGACGGCGUGGUCGGCCGAGUUGGAGUCACAGUCGAGAAGCAGCUCUUGCUCUUAGCGCUCGUGAUGUGGGUGAUGGGCCAGCCUCAGGUCACGGUCAAGGCGAUGCUCUUCCGCCGGCCGUUCAUGGGGUUCCUGAACGAGUGCUGGGCUGCUGGGCAGUGGCGGUAUCCGCAAGCUGUGCCCUCAGUCAUGUGCGGCGAGCUCUUAGUCUUCUGCAUGGCCUUCCCGCUGGCUUUCACCGGCUUGCGGGCCAAGAUCGACGCGGGGGUGAUCGCGACGGAUGCGAGCGAGCAGGCGGGCGGCAUCUGCUAUUCCGCUGGCCUCGCUGCUCGGGGCGCGCUGGCAGCCACGGGCGAAGGGGGGCUGUGCGAGUAA